UUCAUAUUGUGAAAUCACAGCUGCUCACUUGCUCAGCAUGAGCGAACCUCAGGUGUGAAGCUCCGAGAAUUCUGAAAUACGUAUACAUAUGCGAUAACGUUACAGAUCACAUAUUAACAUUUGGUUUUGUAGCUAUAUCGUUGUCGUGUUAGUAACGCUGUCGUUCAAUCUAACGUUACAUCGGCAGCGCCGUUAACCUUGUGUUCACCUUGCGACUAAAACCUAAUAGCCAGUCCAUGAAAAAUCCACAAUAGGUGAAUCGAUAAUACAGUUAUAAGUAUUUCUGCUUUCGUGCUUUGGCUGUCCUGUAUCAAACAGCUGGAAAUAAAGAUUAUACGCCAUCCUCGCGUCUGCUAUGACAUCCUUGGCCGCAAUGACCUGUGAACACUUCGCGAGCAGAUUCCAGCACGGACACGCCGUUGGAAGAUUUGGACAAGGGCGCUGUGUGAUUUGUGGAGGUCCUGGAGUAUCUGAUGCCUACUACUGCAAAGAGUGCACCAUCCAGGAGAAAGACAGGGAUGGCUGCCCCAAGAUCGUAAACCUCGGCAUCUCAAAGACUGACCUUUUCUAUGAGAGAAAAUUAUACGGCUUCAAGAAGAGGCGAAGAAACAGAGGGACUUUGUUUGUUGCAAGAGUUUCUACUUUUUUCUCAGACUUGAUACAAUAA